AUUAUUAUCUCUCUUCCCCUUUAUGACAUAUGUUGAAUUUUCAGCUCUGUUAAGCGACAUGAGAAGUUAAUUAGUUUCUUGCUAGUGUAUUGGUUAAUUCGGAAUUGCCGUAAUUGGGAUGAAUUACGUAUAUGGGAAUCAUUUUUACCUUAGCAUUCACGGAUUGGAAAUGACAUAGGUUUGGUUUUUGUCGAUUUUUCAUCAACCUUUGUGUGUUUUUUAGUAAAAUUCCCGUUCAAGUAUUUGAUGACUGCGUUUUGAAGUAGUCGAAAGUUAUGUGAACUCUAGAAGCGUGGUUGGUGAAAAUAGAUACGACUAUGGCAUGCGAACCUUCUUUUAGCUCAAUUCAAAUUAGGAGUACUUGCUUGCAUUAGCCUUUACACUAUGUCUGUUUGAAGUGAAUAGAAGUCCCGUUGAUUGAGAUCAGGGCUGAAAGAUUUUCUUCUACAGGCUGGGUGUACUGGGAAUUUAAUAUAAAAGAACGGCUUAAAUAAGUAGGCUAAAUUAUCAAAUACCAACCGUUAUUGAGUUGAGACUGUGUAUGUGAAUGGAUAUAUUUCAUGUUAUCUGUACUAGUAGUAAUAUAGGAAUGGAAAUAUUUCAUGUUAUCUGUACUAGUAGUAAUAUGGGAAGAGGGAAGAGUAGUGAUGCAAAGUUCGUCAAGUUUCAAUGUAUUGAAGUUAUCUUGGGACAGGUCUUUAAGGAAAUGCCUUCCUCUCUUCUUAAUGGUGAGAUUCCCUACUUUGUUCUUUUUCCUACCAAGAAUUUGUUUCCUAUUGCUCCUAAGAUAUUUGGUUGUGUCUGUUUUGUUCGUGACGUUCGUUCUCAUCAUACUAAGUUAGAUCCCGAAUCCUUGAAGUGUAUCUUCUUGGGCUAUUCAUGUGUUCAAAAGGUAUCGGUGUUAUUGUCCUAUCCUUAAAAGGUAUCUUGUUUCGCCUGAUGUUGCAUUUUUUGAGGAUAUACUCUUUACCUCAUCACCAUCGAGUUCGUGUCAGGGGAGGAUGACAAUCUUUUUAUAUAUGAGGUUACCUCUCCCACACCAUCCUCUUCCACUGAUGCGCCUCCUUCCCGCCUGUUGAUUUCUCGAGUCUACUUUCGACGACCUCCACCUCAACCUUCAGGCUCAUGUCCUCCAUCAUGCAAUCUGAGGCUAAGUGAUGAUCUUCCUAUUGCUCUUCACAAAGUUGUAUAACGUGGUCCGUAAAGAAGUAUGGUACCGGCCCGACAUGUUCUUUUAUAGAGAUAUGCUUAUGAUGCUUGCAAAGAACAAAAGGGUAGAGGAAACAAAACAAGUAUGGGAGGAUCUGAAAAAAGAGGGAGUGUUAUUUGAUCAGCAUACUUUUGGAGACAUUAUUCGAGCAUACUUGGAUAAUACAAUGCUCUCUGAGGCCAUGGAUAUAUAUCGUGAAAUGAGAGAAUCUCCUGAUAGGCCUUUAUCUUUGCCUUUUCGUGUCAUUCUUAAGGGCCUUAUUCCAUAUCCAGAAUUGAGAGAACAAGUUAAAGAUGACUUCUUGGAGCUCUUCCCUGAUAUGAUCGUCUACGAUCCACCAGAAGACUUGUUUGAAGAAGAUGAAGAUAGAAACAAGAGUGAAGAUGAUUAACUAAUUAAGAAUGCUGCUCUUGCAGUUGUAGCUUUAAGUUUUGAAUUUUGAUAAGUCUCUAAAUUUUCAAAAAUAUCAAUGAAAUCUUUCAUUUUCAACUACGUAUCUGGUUAAUUCGUGAACUUUAAAAGUGUUGUGUCUUAUUAGUUCUUUAAUUUUUUAUUUUGUGUGACCCAUUAGACAAGUUUUAAAAUUCACGCAAGUAUUUGACGCAAAGCUGAAAGGUAAAUCUAGUUUUGUGUUCAAUAAACAUGUGUGUUUUGAAAACUAUCCAUUUUGUAAGACAUUUUUGAACUUCAGAAAUUUAUUUGACAUAAUCUGGGAAGUUUAGCAUAA